GUGACGUAUGCAGGUAUUCAUGUGAGGUUUACCUGUAAGCUACAAAUACAGGUAAAAAGAAGCGUGAUCUGACCAAAACAAAACAAACCAUCGUUCCAAUAUGGGUUGUGGAUCAGCCAUUGGGAGAGUUUUCCUCGUCAUUGUGAAUACCUUAUUUACGAUUUUGGGCUUUGCUCUCCUCGUUAUCGGGUGUUUGGUGAAAUUCAAGGAGGACCUGGUGACGAAGUAUGCUAAGGAACUCUUCAAGGUCAUCAAGUUAGACAGCGCCGACUACAACCUGGACGAGCUCCUCAGCUCCUCGGCCAUCGUCUUCAUCAUCGUAGGGGUGGUGAUCCUGAUUGUGGGGGUCCUGGGAUGUUUCGGCGCAUGCUGUGGAUGGCGGGUGUUCCUUGUCAUCUAUGCAAUCAUCGUAUUCUUGGUUCUCAUUGCUGAAAUUGCGGGAGUUGUGUUGGCAGCUUUGAUGAAGAAAGAUGUUGACUCUGUGGUAAAGAAGGGGAUGAAGAAAUCCAUUGCUGACUUUUACAAAGGGGACCUGUCGCAGGAACCAGUUUCGCUCGCCUGGAAUAGCCUCCUGAUCGAGUUCGAUUGUUGUGGAGUUGACAACUACAUGGACUUUAUGAACGCAACACACUGGAAUAAAACUUACAAUGGACAAACUCUGAAGACCCCCCUCAGCUGUUGUAAAGACGUCAAGGGAGAAUUUCCGGAUAUUCAGUAUCCAGCAGCCACAACAUGUGCCACAAACCCUACAGACGCUGACAACAACAUGAAUAAGGGGUGCUAUUCUGCCAUUGAAGACUUCAUCAACAAAUAUAGCAACAUUUUCAUAGGAAUUGGCGUUGUGGUGGCAAUAUUUGAGAUUCUUUGUAUUGUUUUCGCCAUAAUUGUCUGCAGAAAUGUUGAGGAGGGUGAUAAAAUGGUGUAGAAGUCUGUAGGAAUUCAAAGUGAAAAGUAGACAGUAGAGUGUCAGUAGAAAAGAACAAUUUAUCAACUUAUAUAAUUGCCAGAGAUUAUGGCUAUCAAGCCCAGAUGUAUUAAUCAAUCUGUGUAACUCUGUUUUACUAGUAUGAUGCAUACUGUGGUUUCAUCAAUAUUCGUUGAAUACCAAUUUUCGAGGAUUUCGUUUUUAAGUUGAUCCAUGAAAUUAAAUGUUUAUUGAAAUGCAAUUUCUAUUAACAUUUUGUAUUGAUGGGGUCAUUGGCCACGAAUUUACAUAGCUUUGAAACUGUGAUUUUCACUUUAUCCAAUUUGAUACCCUUGAAUAUUAAUGAAACCACAGUAUUGUGCAUUUAAGCAUUACUUUAAACCAACGGACAUUGUAUACUGUAUAAUAUCGGAGUGAAACACAAUGUACUUCGUGGACCGAAAAACAUGGAUUAUUUAACGUUAUUGACAGAUCUGAUACAGUGCAGCUACUGUUUUUUAAAAUCAUUGUUCAUCUGUUCAAAAUAUAUAUUACAUUCAAUUUGGGGGUAAAUAUUGCUAGGCUAAGCUUUAGUUCACAAUAAGUGUUUUGUUGUGAAAUUGUAUUCAUACCUACAUAUAUGUACAUAUAUUCAUUAGCUCACCAGUUUCAUGUAACGAAUGAAUAUUCAUCAAAGAUCUGCAUAUGACGUCUGGUUGCCCCUUUAGUUUUCUAUUGGGGAAGUGGCCGACAGCAGACCUUCAUGUAUAUUAUACGAUCGAGGAUACGAAUCAUUCAAAAACAGUAUUCAUAUUUUUUUCAUUUAUUAUUCAACAUUUAUUUGAAUGCGAAUUAUGUUGGGGUUUUUUUCAUCAUAGCUUUAAUUGUAUAAACCAAACUUAUUGCAAUAAAACAUUCUGUAUACUGA